AUGGCGUGUUCAAACUUAAAUAACUUUACUGAUAGCAACCAGUGUAACUGCGGAAACGUCUUUGAAAAUGAAGUAUUUGACAUCCAUUUAAAAACAAAAAGAUCCACCUUAAAUUCUUACAAGUUAAAAUGGUCAUUGGAUGAUUUUUCAAUCCUACCAAUCGGUAAAAUUAAAAGCGCCGAAUUUCAUCCACUGCCUAGAGUUACUAGUCACAUAGAGCUUGAAAUCGCUUCAGAUGAUCUCAGAAUUUAUCUUUGCUUGCCAGGCAAAGAUUUGUUUGUGAAUUGCGAUUUAUGUAUUUUAGACGUUAAUGGUCAACUUUUGUAUCAAAAAUCUACAACUCUAGAUUGUGUGGAACGCUUUGAUCUCACCGAUGUUACAAUGCGUGGAUGUUUUGCAAAAUUAAAAUCCGCUCCCCAGGAUAAAUUGAUUCUUUCUUUUUAUUUAAAAAUUCAUGGCGUUGCUGUAACGGAUGUAUGUAGUUUAGGCUCUAGUGGCGCUUCAUGUCGAAUUAACAAUCUUAAAAAACUCUCUAAUGACUUGAUGUCUGCUUAUAAAAAUUCUCUAAAUACAGAUAUUAAAUUAAAUACAAGCGAAGGAAAAGCUAUUGCUGUUCACAGAGCUGUGCUGUCUGCUAGAUCAUCUGUUUUUGCUAAAAUGUUUGAGUAUGAUAUGACAGAAAGUACUCAAAAAGAAGUUAAUAUAACUGAUGUAGCAUUUGAUGUACUGAAGAAACUUGUAGAAUUUAUGUACAGUGCUGAGGUGUCUGAUAUUGCAGAUCUAGAUUCUGCUUAUGAGCUGUAUUAUGCUGCAGACAAGUACAAUGUUCUAGAUCUUAGGAAUUUGUGUGGAGAUGUGCUAAUGAGUAAGCUGACUGUGGAUAAUGCCUGUCGUACUUUGGCUCGAGUGGAUCAACAUGAUGAUAAAUAUAUUAGAGCAAAGGUUAUUCAGUACAUCUGUCUACAUUUAAAAGAGAUUGUGAAUUCAGAAGAUUGGGAUUCUUACAUGGAUAAUAGACUCUCCGCUGAAGUGAUUAAUAUGAGUUUAGCAUUAUAA